AUGAAACAAGUCCAAAUCGCCCCGACCGAGGAGAAGGGUCACGUCGCGCACCACGACAUGCACAGCGUGCGCUCGGCCUCGGCAAGCGAAAAGGGCAGCCUAGUUUCCCAUGGUGCCGAGGGUGCCGCGUUCUCCAAGGAGCGUGCCCGCGCUGAACGCCGCCUCCUCCUCAAGCUCGAUCUGGGCAUCAUGCCCUUUGCAGUGUUGCUCUACCUCGCCGCAUACCUUGACCGCGGCAACUUGGCGAAUGCGCGCCUUGCCGGCCUCGAGAAAUCCGUCCUCAAUAACAAGGACACAAACUACUCGAUCGCCCUCGCCUGUUUCUUCGUAACUUAUAUCACCCUCUCGAUCCCCGGAACGUUGAUGGCUAAAGCCGUCCUUCCUUCGCGCUCAAUUGCAGCCGGCGCAUUGAUCUGGUCGAUCGCAGCCACAUGCCAAGCAGCCGUGACCAACCGCGCUGGCCUAUUCGUAUGCCGCCUCUUCAUCGGUGUCGGCGAGGCAUUCUUCGGCCAAGCAAUGGCACUCCACCUCUCGUUCUGGUACACGAAGCGAGACUUGGCCAAGCGCGUUGGUUUCUUCAUUUCGGCCGGCGCGGUUGCUGGAGCUUUUGGAGGGCUUAUCGCUUUUGGAGUGACCAGUAUCGAGAAUGCCAAAAUCGAUAAUUGGCGUAUCCUCUUCCUUAUCGAAGGUAUUCCUUCUCUCCUCCUCGCUAUCGCCGUCGCACUGUUCAUGCCCACCCGGCCCGAAGUUUCAAAGUAUCUGAAUGAAGACGAACGCACACUCUGCCUUACCCGCCUCAACGCCCAACGUUCCGAACCAACCGGUAUCGAUUGGAAGGGCGUAGUCUACGCCCUAACCGACUGGAAGGUAUACGUUAUCGCAGUCAUGUACUCGUGCAUGAACCUGACCCUUGGGUCAGUGGGCGGCUUCCUUCCAACCAUCAUCCAAGAUGGAUUCGGAUACUCUGCCGCCCGCGCUCAACUCAUGACGGUUCCACCUUACGCCGUCGCGUUGGUGUUCAUGCUCCUCCUCACCACCUUCUCCGACUGGAAACAAGCGCGCGGUAUUCCCGCAGCCUGCGUCUUCGCCCUCGGCAUUAUCGGUUGGGCAGUGCUCAUGUCCGUCCCGCCCAAGCACGCAACAGCCGCCCAGUUCUCAGCCCGAUACUUUGCUUGUAUCCUCAUCGUAACGGCGGGAUACACCAACAUCCCGAUAAUUAUCGCUUGGACGGCGGGUAACUCGCCCAAUGAGAGCCAGAGGGCCGCGAGUCUCGGCAUGCUCAACUCGGUCGGACAGUGUCUCUCGGUCGCGGCGGCGUUCCUCUUUCCCAAGACUGAGGGACCGGCAUACAAAAAGGGAAGCAGCGUUAACCUCGCGUUCCAGUGCCUCGGACUCGCUAUCGCCGUGGCCAUGACCACCUGGUUCCGCAUCGAGAACCGCCGGCGCGACAGGGUGGAGAGACCUGAGGAGCGUGUGGAGGUGGUGGAGGAGGACAAGUUCGGCCGGGCUGCGGGGUUCCGGUACACUACGUAG